AUGGCGGCGCCCCGAGCACACGCGGCGGGCGGCGGCCGUGGCGGCGGCACAGCCCGCAGAGCUCGCGGCCGCGCUCUCUCCGUCCCUCUUUGCCCUGGGCCUCCUGAGCUCGGUAAAAAAAAGAAGGCUAGGAAAGGAGGGAGAUUUAGAUCUUCCUUUAGAGGGAAGCAAAAAGGCAUUGAAGUAAUAGGAAAAUGGAAAACUGUGGAAAUUGACCCCAAUCUAUUUGCUGAGGAGGAGUUUCGAGAUAUAGUAUGCUUGGAGGAACUUACAGAGUACAAGCUGGUAAGUUCUUCCAAAGUGGGAAGAGUAAAAGAGAGGAAGAGACAGGCUGAGAGUGCAUCAGAAGAAGGCGGCAAUGAGGAGGUGGAAGAACCUGUUGUCCCUCCCAAAAAGAAAAAGAAAAACAAAGAUUCAAGAAGCCAAACAGAUAAAGGCAGUGCUCCUGAUGCAGCAGAAGUUGAUGUGCUGGUUGAUAAAGAGGAAAAGUGUAGUGAGAUAAUCAAAGAAGCAAAUUGUAAAGACUAUGGACAUGCGACUGAGAGCACAUCAAGCAGAAAAGACACUCCAAAGAAAAAGAAAAAGAAGGCAGCUGAAAACAAGGCUUCUCAAGCACAGGAAGCUCUUCCACCAAUAACUUCUUCUAAAAAAGGGAAAAACUGGACAACAGAAGUUCUGUCUGCCUCAACUGAUCAAAAAGCUGAUGUGUCUGCAUGGAAAGACCUGUUUGUACCUGAACCAGUGUUGCAGGCCUUGAGCUACCUGGGGUUUAGUGCUCCAACUCCUAUUCAAGCCUUAGCUUUGCCUUCUGCCAUCCGGGAUAAUAUGGAUGUUCUUGGUGCUGCAGAAACAGGAAGCGGCAAAACGCUUGCAUUUGCAAUUCCAAUGAUUCACUCUGUGCUGCAGUGGCAAAAAUCAAAUAACUCAACAACCACAUAUGACAGUGUUUCUAAAGAGCCCCAUCAGCAUCAUGAUGAAACAAGAUGGGAAAAUGAGGAUGAAGCAGAAAAAGUAACCCAUCAGCAGGUUGAAGAUAGCGGAGAUGAAGAUGAUGCAUCUUCCACAGCAGGCUGUGUGAAGGUUCUGGAAAAUGUUGAAUUUGAUUCAGGUGACAAGACACAAACUGUUGGCUCCCAUAAAAAGAGACCUCUUUUAGGACUGGUCCUCACUCCUACAAGAGAAUUAGCUGUACAAGUAAAGCACCACAUUGAUGCAGUUGCAAAGUUUACAGGCAUUAAGACUGCAAUUCUAGUUGGAGGCAUGGCUGCACAGAAGCAAGAACGUGUACUGAAUCGAAAGCCAGAAAUUGUAAUUGCAACCCCAGGCCGUCUGUGGGACUUAGUUAAAGAGAGACACCCACAUCUUUCAAAUCUUCGUCAACUCAGGUGCCUUGUGAUUGAUGAAGCAGACCGAAUGGUUGAGAAAGGUCACUUCUUAGAGCUGUCUCAGUUGCUGGAAGUCUUAAAUGAUUCACAGUAUAACCCUCAUCGACAGACUUUUGUUUUUUCUGCCACGUUGACUUUAGUCCAUCAGACUCCUACAAGAGUUUUACAAAAAAAGAAUGCUAAAAAGAUGGACAAGAAGACCAAACUAGAAUUGUUAAUGGAAAAAAUAGGAAUAAAGGGCAAACCCAAAGUAAUAGACUUAACAAGGAAGGAGGCUACUGUUGAGACUCUGACAGAAACCAGAAUCCACUGUAAUACAAACGAGAAGGACUAUUAUCUAUAUUACUUUCUUCUCCAGUAUCCAGGAAGAACCAUGGUCUUUGCAAACAGCAUAGACUGUAUAAAACGCCUCAGUUCUCUCCUCACAAUCUUAAAUUGUGAUCCUCUUCCGUUACACGCCAACAUGCACCAAAAGCAAAGGCUGAAAAACCUGGAGAGGUUUGCUGAGCGAGAGAGCUGUGUCCUCCUGACAACAGAUGUUGCAGCUCGUGGUCUUGAUAUUCCCAAUGUGCAGCAUGUCAUCCACUACCAGGUCCCUCGUACUUCUGAGCUGUACGUUCACAGAAGCGGUCGAACAGCCCGAGCUGCCAAUGAAGGCCUCAGCCUAUUGCUGAUUGGCCCUGACGACUUGAUCAAUUUUCGGAAAAUUUAUAAAACAUUGGGGAAGAGUGAAGAACUGCCCUUUUUCCCGGUUGAUACCAAGUGCAUGACUUCUAUCAAGGAGCGGAUGAAUUUGGCAAGGCAGAUUGAGAAGGCAGAAUUUUUCAACAGUCGGGCAAAGCAACACAACUCCUGGCUCCAUCAAGCUGCAGAGGCUCUUGAGAUGGAUCUUGAUGAUAACAUGUUGAUGGGAAGAAAAGCUAAUGAGCAAGAAGAAAACCAGAAGCAAAAGAUGCUGAAGGGGAUGAAAAAACAACUGAAACAUAUGUUGUCCCAGCCACUCUUUAAAGUCCUUAUGAAAACCAAGUACCCAACACAGUCUGGAAGACUACUCCUGCCUCAGACAUCAGUGGGCAUUUCAGCUCUGAGCACCGUGUCCAAAAAGCAAGCCAAGAAGAAGAAAUCAAUAAAAUUAGAUAACUGAGCAAGAUCACUCAGUGUGACAGAAGCAAGAACUAUCCUCAUCAAGGCUGUCAGUACUUAUGGAGGAACUCAGCUAGAAAACAGAUAGUAUAAGGCUGUUGCCUGUGUAUUGCUUGUGCAGACACAAACCAAAAUGUUGGUUUAAAGGGCUCAGUUAACACCGGGUUAGUUACUGUUGAAUCUUGUCUUGGAUUCUUGUUUUUCUAUGUUCUUAUUUUUUCCUAAUUCUCUAUAUUAAUAGAAGUUAAUUAUUUUUCACAUAGUUCUGAUAAUUACUCCAUUUUGUGAGAUGGGUAAAAGUUAGUGGGUAGAAUUCACUGUGGGCAUAGUCUAAUGAUAAAACUUGAUUUGAAUUUUAAUGUCUUUAAAGGACAGGGGAAGGUCAGCUGUAUAUAGUGCGAGUACAAUCUGAGCUGAUGGUGAUGGGAGGUUUGGCUUUUUCUGCAGCCAGCUCAGUGAGAAAGGCAGCAAAUAGAGGUAGUGUUACCAGCAGGUCUACAAUUCUGCUUAUGGAAAUGUCUCCCAAUUUUCUUUCUCCUCUGAUAAUAUUUCUCUGUUCUGUUCUCCACUGGGUUUAAUUCUCUUAGUUCUAUGUUAAUUUAUGUGUUCAAAUAUGCAAAAAAUGUAAAGAGGGCAACAGGCCAGGACAGACUUUGGAAGAUGUGUAGAUUUUUGAGGAAUAAGCGUUGCUACUCAGCGUUUUCUUAAUAUUUGGAGUUAAGCCUGUAUUU